AUGUCCACGCGUUUGCCAGGGAUUGAGAUCCAGAGAACCACUUUUGUCCGCAGGAAAACGUUGAGAUGUCAGAUUCCAGCACCACUUAUACAGGUUCGACCCUUCCUAGCAAGAACCUUGGCCUUGCGGCUUUCGUGUGGCUCGGCCUUGCCAGCAAGGGACUUGCGAUGGGGCAUCGAUAAGUCCACUGAUGGCCUAUACCUCGUGGAGAGAGACGAGCCCGUAAAGCUUGAGGCUCGCGCCAGACGAGGCCGACCAGGAGAUGGCCCUCGCACUUGGGGACCAAAUGCAGGUGGUCAUGGCCCCCGACAGGGCGGCAAGGGAACCCGGAGCAUCGAUGACUUCGAGACAGAGCUCUUCACCCGUACCAGACGAGGAGGCCGACCCGGAGAUGACCCUCGCACCUGGGGACCAAACGCAGGUGGUCACGGCCCCCGACAAGGGGGAAAGGGAACCCGAAGCAUUGAUGAGUAUGAAUCUGAGCUCUUCACCCGUACUAGAAGAGGCCGACCCGGAGACGAUCCUCGCACCUGGGGACCUAAUGCAGGUGGCCAUGGCCCCCGACAGGGCGGCAGAGGAACACGGAGCAUUGACGACUACGAGGGUGAGCUUUACACCCGCGCACGCAACAAUCCCGGAUACCACCCUGUACCGGUCCGUGGUGGUAGCCACAGAGGAACACGGAGUAUUGACGACUAUGAGGGUGAGCUUUACACCCGCGCACGCAACAGCCCCGGAUACCACCCUGCUCCCGUACGCGGCGGUAGCCAACCUCGUACCGGUGGGCACCGCGGGACUCGCGACCUGGAGGAGUUGGAGGAGUAA